UAAUCCUAAAAAUCUCAUAGCCACUACGUUGAUCAGCCACACAAGCAACAAUGACCACUUUUGCGGCAGAGGCACUGGCGGCCUCCGGCCGUGCCGCAGAGAAGCUGAGCCUUCCGGCUCUUCAGUCCAAGAUGAAAUGUGACCCGGAGGGAUACGUCACCGAACUCGGUCUCCUCUACAGCCAAUUCAACUCCGCUCUGGAGCUCUUUCGGCAACAGGCUGCCAUGAACUUCACCUCUAUCACCGGUGUUGCGGCUGACCCCACUGUCUCCAAGGACCUCGGCGAUCGCGCCAUGUUCCUUGCCCAUGUCACUCCCUUCUACCCAAAGCAGCUUGCGGAUUUCCCUAAGCAACUCGCCGACUUCCUUAAGUCGUCCGCACCAUCUCUGCCCUCAGGGCUCCGUUGCCACGUCACACAAGCUCUGAUUCUCCUCCUCAAUCGUCAGAUAGUGGAUAUCAAGGAGACUCUUGCAUUGUUCGUGGAGCUGCAGACACUGGGUGAUAGGGUUUUGAGGAAAUUGGCAUUCUCUCAUGUAAUUCAAAGCGUUAGGCGCAUGAAUAAGAAGCAUAAGAACGAAGCUGUGAAUAGGGCUCUUCAGAGCAUUGUGUUUUCAAUGCUGCAGCAAGAGGACGAGGCAAAAGCAAAGAGAUCACUUACCAUUCUAUGCGAGCUUCACAGGAGGAAGGUGUGGUUUGAUGAUAGAACUGCUAAUGCCAUUUGCACUGCUUGUUUUCAUCCUUCCUCCAGGAUUAUGAUAGCUGCUAUAUCUUUUCUCCUUGAUUACGAAAAGAUUCAAGGUGAUGAAGACAGUGAUGAUUCAGGCAGCGAUGACGAUACAGCUCCUGAGACUUCUCAAGUUGCCAUUAAUAAAGAGGCUAUUUACAAGGCACACCAUAAAGGUACAUCUUCUAGCAAGAAGAAAAAGAAAGCAAAACUGCAGCGUGCUGUUCGUAGCAUGAAAAGACAGCAACGCCUGUCAUCAGAAAAAAAUUCUUCUUCAAAUUUUUAUUCGCCACUUAACCAUUUAAAGGAUGCCCAGGGAUUUGUUGAGAAGUUAUUCUCUCGCCUUCAAACCUAUAAUGAGCGUUUCGAGGUUAAAAUGAUGAUGUUGAAAGUAAUUGCUCGAACGGUUGGGCUUCACCGAUUGAUUUUAUUGAACUUUUAUCCUUUUCUUCAGAAAUAUAUUCAGCCCCAUCAACGUGAUGUCACAAAUUUACUGGCAGCAGCAGUCCAGGCGUGCCAUGAUAUGGUGCCUCCUGAUGCAGUUGAACCAUUAUUCAAACAAGUUGUAAAUCAAUUUGUACAUGAUCGCUCACGUCCAGAGGCUAUUGCUAUUGGACUGAAUGUGAUCAGGGAAAUAUGCUUGCGCAUUCCUUUGUUGAUGACCGAAGAUCUGCUCCAAGAUCUUGUAUUAUAUAAGAAGUCGCAUGAAAAGGCAGUUUCAGUUGCUGCUCGUUCACUAAUGAUUUUAUUUAGAGAGCUGUGUCCAUCAUUGUUAGUCAAGAAGGACCGCGGGCGUCCCACAGACCCAAAGGCAAGGCCAAAAGCAUACGGAGAAGUCAGUGUUCUCAGCAAUGUUCUGGGUGUUGAGUUAUUAGAGCAGAAUGAUGACGAUGACGUUGAUGUGGAUAAUGAUGGCGAGGAUGGAGAUGACCGUGACAGGUCCAUGUUCAGUGGAUCUGAUGAUGAUCAUGAUCUUGACAAUGAGAAGAUGUUGACUGGCAGUGAUGAUGACGAAAAGGAAAGCGAUGCAGAUGGUGAAGAUGAGGAAGAAGAUAGUGAAAAUAGUAUUGAUGUUAGUGAUGCUGAUGAAGAUCAGGAGGAAGAGGAGGAGGAGGUGGAAGAAGAGGAGGAGGAGGAGGUGGAAGAGGGAGAAGACAAAGAGGCGUUUAGUAUUGGUGCUAGUGGAGCAAAAAAUUCUAAAUCAAGAAAAAGAAACUUUUCUGAUAUUGAUAUUAAUGCUGCCGAGACAAGUCUUCGUGCCCUUAAGAGAUUGGCUGAAGAAAAAAUGAAGCAACCCUCUUCAGAUACAACAGAUGGUAUUCUCUCUAAUGAGGACUUCCAAAGGAUCAAGGAGCUUAAGGCGAAGAAUGAUGCAAAAAUUGCUUUAUCUAGGCAAGGUUUGUUUCGAAAAGGUCAGGAUACUAAAUUGGCAGAUUCAAAGAUUCUAAGUUCUGAUCAACUGAGUGCUAAACGGGUGGAUCCUGCUGAGCUUGAAGUGCAUGUGCGGAAGAAGCUAAGCAAGGAGGAAAGAUUGGCAUUAGUGAGAGCAGGGAGGGAAGAUAGGGGGAAAUACCAGGCUCGUGCUGCUGUAAAACAGAAGAAGACGGGUGGGUUGAGCAACCGGCAGAAGGAACACAAAAAGGCCAUGCCUCUUGCUGCAAAGAGAUCAAAGGUUGCAAAAUCUCGACAAGUGAAAAAUAAAAAACAGCAGCGUUCUGGUAAACAGUUUCGGGGUAAGAAGGGAUGGAAAUGAUUCAGUGGUGUAUGUUACUGUGUGUUUCAUUCGCACUGUCAAUCUUUUCUACAGCUUACUGGAGUCGUGUAGUUCUUAAGUAGAAGUGGUCUUGGACUCUUGGGGCUUGAACACACAUUUUAGGUGGUUUUUCAUUCGGUGCUAAAAUCAUAAUAACAUCCUCGGAAAGGAACAUGAACAUGCUUUGUAUUUGCUAUUAUUUUACUAUUUAUUGAUUAUCUUUCUUUUCUUUUUC